ACACCGGCGUAUGUAGCGAGAGUGAGAAACCGGUGAGAUCCGGUAAAAACGCGAUCAGGCCCCGUAUCGAUGGUGUUUUUCCUCCCGCUGUCAAGAGUGAGCCUCGGCAUGAGCUGUGUUCGCGUGGGGCCUUGCACCGGUUUGGGCGACACACGCGAUUGAUCGUGUUGGUGUCUUUUGAAGCUAACGUUACUUUUGGUGCAUGUUGUUUCUCGGCUCCUUCCGUUCUGUAUUACAAGCACUAAUAUGGUUUUCGUGGUGUUUGAGACACUGCGCCGUCACAUUAUGUACACGUUAGCUCGCACUCGUGCUAAAAGCAGCUAGCUCAACUCGAGCUGUUUGUUUGUAGCCCCGUAGGCCGUAUUCAUGAUAUAACUUACGUACUCCAGACGGCGUAGCCGAGUCGGCAUAGCGCGGGAGGCCGUGUGCAACGUGACGUAACUCGUUUACGUGAAUAUGGAGCCGUCCUGGUUGUAUUCUGAAAGGUCGUUUACGUGCGAAGUUGACACUUGCUGGCGAAACAUGGCGACGUGCUUGCUUGUCAUGGAAGGUUAGCAAAGACAGCGAUGUAGCAGCUAGCACGACGUUUUUUUUUGGGGGGGGGUGGACGUGGACGCUCUUUUUUAGCCGCUGGUGGCUUAAACGGACACAUGGUGUUAGGUUAAUUCAGUUUUGUCCCGCUCGGUUGUCGUAAAGUUAAAUCCACCGUCAAGAACAUAGUAUCUCAUUGGCUAACACUUCCUACGUCGGUUAAAUUAGCGUCUACUUGAUGCUUUGAUGUUCGCUCUUUGACUAACGUCACAAAGGUUGUUGAAUAUUGGAUAUCUCUGCCUUUCACUCAAAGUCGAAUGAAGCAUCAAAUAUCUGGGCGCCUGCAUCGACGAUGUAUACAUCCGUCGAUCUUUUUGCACUCUCAGAGAGAGCGUCGCUGCCCUCUCAUUGUCCACAUUAUGAACGACCAACAAGUUUAAGUAACGGCCAGACAGCAACAAACAUAGAGUCAAGCGAGGAGUGGAAUGGCCUGAGGGGGAUCCUCCCGGUCCCUCCUGCCCCCGCCAGGUCCAAUCUGCCUAAACUCAUUGCUUGGCCGUUGCAAACCACCACUGUGAUGGGGGACGGACUGGAGCCUGGCAGCAGCCACAACCCUCCUUCAGCCCCACAGCCUCACAUCCUCAACCCCGCGCCCCCCGAAAUAGGGAAUUCCACAAGACCCAAACGCCAGACCAACCAGCUACAGUACUUGCUCAAAGUGGUACUGAAGACAUUAUGGAAGCACCAGUUCGCAUGGCCCUUUCAUGCUCCUGUAGAUGUCGUCAAACUCAAUUUACCCGACUACAAUAAAAUAAUCAAAACCCCAAUGGACAUGGGUACAAUAAGAAAACGUCUGGAGAACCACUACUACAAAAACGCCCAGGAGUGUAUUCACGACUUCAACACAAUGUUCACCAAUUGCUACAUCUACAACAAGCCCAGCGAUGACAUUGUGUUGAUGGCAAAGGCCUUGGAGAAGCUCUUCCUCCAGAAGAUCACACAGAUGCCGCAGGAAGAGACGGAAAUUGCCGUGGUUGCCAAAGGACGCCGCGGCAUCAAGCGAGAGCCUGCUCCCAUCAGCAUGUCUGAAUCAAGCCAAGACCUCUCCUCCCCAUCCAGCACCCCACACACGCGAGGCUUCUCAUCCCCUUCCACCCUCACGCAGACCCAUGCGUCGCCAACCCCGCCUGUGCUGGCCCAGCCCCCACGUGUGCCUCCAACACCUACAGCCCACGCACCCCAUCUAGGACCUCCAUAUCCACUCUCAACAGCAAGCGUCCUCCCCCAGGGCAUGACCGCUGUGGCGCCUCCGGCAGCCGCACACCCAGGCCUCCAUCCGAGCUCGAUGCUGCAGAGCAGCCCUGCUCUCAUCAAGCAAAGGAAGAGCCAAAAGAGGAAAGCCGACACCACAACGCCCACGGCUAACGACCAGCUCAGCGAAUCAUCCCCCAUCUCGGCGGAGACUCGCACGCGCCGAGAGAGCAGUCGCCCAUCAAAGCAGCCCAAGCGAGACCCGUUGCAGCCUGACUCGCAGCACCACCUGGUUGGCGGCUUGGAGGCGGGGGGCAUGUUGACGACCAAACGUCAAGAUCAGAUGCAUUCCUGCUCCCUCCUUGUCAAAGAGAUGCUGUCCAAGAAGCACUUUGCGUACGCUUGGCCAUUUCACCUACCCGUUGAUGCAAAAGCUCUUGGCCUUCAUGACUACCAUGACAUCAUCAAGCAUCCCAUGGACCUCGGCACCAUUAAGAAAAAGCUGGACAAUCGGCAGUACAGAGACCCCCAAGAGUUUGCAGCAGACGUCCGAUUGAUGUUCUCCAACUGUUACAAGUAUAAUCCACCGGGCCACGAUGUGGUAGCCAUGGCACGGAAACUACAGGACGUCUUCGAGAUGCGUUUUGCCAAAAUGCCCGAUGAGCCGGAGGAGGUCGCCCCAGUUCCCACCCCGUCGUCUGUCCUCCACCCUGCUCCAUCCACUCGACCAGCGCCGCCACCCCCGCCCAUCGUCUCAGAAGACAGCAGUUCCAGUGCUUCCGAAUCCGAGUCCUCAGCGGGAGACUCUGAUCAGGAGCGGCAGCAGCGAUUGGCUGUGUUGCAGGAACAGCUCAAAGCUGUGCAUGAGCAACUGGCCGCCCUCUCUCAGCCUCAGGUCUGCAAGCCCAAGAAGAAGGAGAGGGAGAAGAAGGAGAAGAAGAAGGAUAAGCACAAGAAGAAAAUGGGAGUGGAGGAAGCCCCGGAGCCUGCUGUGCUUCAGAUUUCCAAGAAGAGCAAAAGCAAAGAGAUGCCCAUUUCCAAGGAGAGGAAGAAGCCGGGUAAGAAAGAAGGCAUCAAAAACAGUCGUCCCGCUGUGCCCCCUCAGACUGGGCCAACCCCUCUGGUUCCUUCAGCCUCCCUCGAAGCAGAAGAUGACAUUGACCUGUUCGGGAGCGCGGCAGCUGUUGGAGGCAAGCCCAUGUCGUACGAAGAGAAACGCCAGCUGAGCCUCGACAUCAACAAGUUGCCCGGCGACAAACUGGGCCGCGUCGUGCACAUAAUCCAGACCCGGGAGCCUUCCAUGAAGAACUCCAAUCCGGACGAGAUUGAGAUCGACUUUGAGACGCUGAAGCCCUCCACGCUGCGCGAGUUGGAGAAAUACGUAUCGAGCUGCCUCAAGAGGAAGAAGAAGUCCUCGGAAAAAUCCCCGGAAAUGACCAACGUCACAAAGUUGAAGACGGGGUCUUCAUCCUCUGGCACCAGUGACUCCUCUGAUAGUGAAGAAUCUGACAAUGCAGGGCUGGUUCCCAAGCAGCAGAAGACUCUGUCCAACAAGGACAUCAAAAGGUCGCAGCAGCAGCCUGUCUCCAGCAUCACCGGCCCUGGCGUUCUGCAGCCACAAGUGGUCGAAUCCAAACUCGCAUACAUUGCUCCCCCACCCGUGCCCGUCUCGGUCCCCGUUUCCGUUCCCAUCCCUGCUCCCGCUAUCCCUGUCCCCGCUCUGGAAUCUUCCCAGCUGUUAAGCGCCGGAUUUGACCCACUGACCCACUUUAUGAACCCUCACCUAACCCAGCCCAACACCGAUCCCGAUCCCGGUCCAGUCAUUGCAGCUGCUUGUCCCCCGCUCACCUCUGGCCUCCUCAAUGUCGCCGCACCGGUUGGCCCCACACCUACUGAGACGCACCCUUUUCUGAACCAACAUCCCGUCAUACCCUCGCCAGCCAUCCAUACCGCGCUUCCCCAACAGCCAGCUCGCCCGAGCAGCCAUGCGGCCCCACUUCCUCCCAAGAACUCUCAUCCGCCUCCUUCGUCGCUCCUCUCUCUCCCGACGCCCCCACCUCAGCUUCAGAGCUCGCUUCCACUCCCCCUGCCCCAGCCUGCUCCACGGCCUCGCGUACCUUCACCGCCAUCGCACGGCAUCCUUGGCACCCUCUCCGCUCAGCCGCCUCAGGCCCUGCUGGAGGACGACGACGAGCCGACACCAGCCAGCGCCGAAUCGCCGCCGCUCAGCCAGGUGCAAAGCUUCCUGCAGUCGCUCCAACCGCGGACGUCCGGGCAGAUUCAACCGCUGCACUCGCCCGCGCAAAACGCCGCUCAGCUGGGACCCUCAAUGCAAGCCGCGAUGACGACCCCCUCCGCGGCCAUGCAUCGGCACGGCACGGCUCACGGCCACACGCAUCAGUCCUACCCGCAUGCUCUCGCUGCAGCGGUGCAACAACAGAAGGGGGCCAGCCUCCAGCAGAAGCUGCAACAGCUGCAGCAACAUCAGCAGCAGCCCUUGGCACGCAUCAAGGCCGACCAGUUUUCUACUGGUUGCCUGCGUGACAGUCCCUCCCCGCUCAUGAUGCACUGCCCACUGAUCCCGCAGUUCCAAACGACGGGACAGCCGUCUCCCUCGCAGAUCAAGAAAAAUGAUCAGAGGUCGAACUUGGUAAAAGAGGAGAAACCAUCCCGCUCGCCAGUGCUGACCCCUCCGCCGUUCAGCCCAGCCAUGCGCCCUGACACACAAAAACAUGACAGCAAACACAGAGUCGAAGGAAAAUCCUCAGCCGGUUCUCGUUCCAGUUCCCGCCUCCCUGACUCCCUGGUGCAAACCUGCCCUCAGCAGGACACCAAGGUCAAGCAAGAGCCCAAAACACCCACAGCGUCCAAGAGGACACCGGACGUGAAGUUAAAGAACAUGGGCUCCUGGGCCAGUUUGGCCCAAAGGUCUCAGUCCACGCCGGCGUCAGCCGUCCGCUCGUCCAGCGACAGUUUUGAGCAGUUUCGACGGGCGGCCAGAGAGAAGGAGGAGCGAGAGAGACAGCUGAAAGCUCAGGCGCAGCAGGCCCGGCGGGAGCAGGAGAAGCUGCGCCGCGACGACGAGGACACCGUGGAACACGCUCGGCGGGCUCAAGAAGAAACCCGCCGACGGCAAGAGCAGCAGCAGCAGCAGCCGUCUCCGCUCGCGCCCACGCCUCCUGCUUCGACCCCGCCCACUCACUCUCCACAGCCUCCGGCUGCCCCGCCUCCGGUGCCAUCCCCGACAUCCUCGGCCACGCAAAAUGCCCUCGACCAGCAGAGGGAGAUGGCGCGCCGUCGUGAGCAGGAGAGGCGCAGGAGGGAGGCGAUGGCCGACACCAUUGACAUUAACUUCCAGAGCGACCUGAUGGCCAUUUUUGAAGAGAAUCUCUUCUGAGUCGGUGAUGGUUGUGUGAGAAGGACCUACACACACACACACACGCACACACACUCACACACUGAGGUGGUGAGCUUAUAUACAUGCCCCCACAUGAUCAUCCGCAUACGGACUACAUAGUACCUGUCCCCUAUCUCUCGCCGUCUUUUUCUCUCGGAGCGCAGAUACGUUUUGGUGUCUGACGUGAUGUUUAUACUUGUUGGCUCGCAAAGUGGAGUUAAAAAAAAAAAGUCCUAUAAAAGGCAGAGUCAUAGUCAAGGGGGGUGCGACAAAACUAAACUGAAGAAGGAUAGAGAAUGGAUGAUAAAAGGCACACAGAUUUUUGUUCUUGCCCUCUCUUAACUGUAUUAGUGUGAGAUGGGAUUUUUCGAUGGUCUUGGACUUUGGGCUUGUUUUCUCAGGACACAGCGGCACAGCAUCCUUAGCCCUUUCUCCCUCUCCCGCCAGUCCUACUUCAUGAUGUAAGACCUUCCUUUGCAUGAGUUCAGUUGAAAUGAGACCUGACAACAGAGUGAUUUAAAUAAAAAAAAAUCUUUUAAAAUCCCGUGACGCGUGUCAUCUCCGCCCUAGCGCUCUGGCCUGUAUUGUCUCUGAUCAAAACCUACAAAUUAUACAAAAAAUAUAUAAAUCGAUACAUGAAUAUAUAUUCUAUACAAGGGCAAGGCAACAUAAGUGAACACAGGAAAAAUUGGUAUGUUUGUGCGCGGGGGGAACAAUCGUUUGAGCUCUCUGCUUUUUUGUAGAAUUUACUGUAAAGAAGAAGAAAAAGUUUUUUAUGAUGCCAUUGAUGAUUUUUUUUUGGUCUCCUCCUCGAGUCUGUUUUCCCACCAUGUGCCCAUUCUAUGCCAAAACCAUUGAGUUCGGAAAGUCCAUUCACGUUCUUUCACUUUACAAGAAAGGCUGUUUUUAUUGCUUUAUUUAACCUCGCCCUUUUGAAAUCAGAAUAUUUUGCGCCCCCUUUUUGCGCUGGAUUUUUUGUUCACUUCUUCUCUGCACUUUCACUCUUUUUUUACACCCACUUCCCAACCGAAGUAUCAUUUUCUGUCACGCUAUACUUGUUUAAGGCUUUUUAAACUUUCUUACCCUCCAACUCCUACAGCCCCUUGUAGAUUUUUUUUUCCUGCGGUGUUUCCAUUGUGACAAGGCUUCCUGUACACUGGCCUGCACACCUAAGUGUGUUUUAAACAUUCUAAUUAGUUAAGCCACUUCCCCAUCACCCACCUCCGUCUUUUCUUACGUGCUUGUUUUUGGAGUUUUAAUUUUAUUGUUAUUCCCGUCAUAACCCUCCCAACCCCAACCCUCCCCUCCCAUCGCUCCCCACUGAAUUCAGAACAACCGUGUUGGUAUGUUGACAAGUGAGGCAUUGAGAUGAAUUGAUUCAUCUUCUGACUAUGGAAUUUUUUUUAAGAAAAGUAUUAAAAUGAUAUUUAAAAAAAUAA